AGGCAGGGGUGUAUUUACCACAAGGCAAACAAGGCAGUUGCAUAGGCAGCAUUUUUCAGGGGGGCGGUGCCAUCCCCUGAAAGAAUGAAAGGAAGAAGGGACACACACAGCACGGGGACCAGGUGGGAUCUCAGAGAGGCUGUGGGUUGCUUGAUGGUGUAUUCAGAGCCUGACUCUUGUUCCCAGGGAGCUGUGAGGGUUAGUGUAUUAUCUCUUGCCGGGGCGGGGGGGAGGUUGCCAGUGUAUGGGGGUAGUGGAAAGCUCUCUCGGGUGGGGGCU